AUGGACAAAUUGAAAGAAUACUUAGGUGGUCGAGAUGUUACAAUUAUUUCAGACCAUAAACCAUUACAACAAUUUCAUAAGAAAAGUAAAUUCAAUAGCAAAAGAAUUGAAGAAUGGUUACUUAAACAUCAAGAAAUAAUUCCACAAAUAUCUGCGGUUAUAUAUAGAAAAGGGCGUAAGCAUGGUGAUGCCGAUGCUAUGUCAAGACCGGAUAUUGAUGAUAAGCAAAAAUUCUUAAAUGUUAUUACACGAUCAAUGAUGAAAUCUAAGCAAUAUUCAUUACCAAAUAAUAAUUUUUUUGAAUCAAAAUCAACAGAUAAUGAUAAUCAAUCUACCUCAUCACCUAUGACAUUUGAUUUUAGUUUAGAACGAAUUAGUGAAGAACAGAAACAGGAUCCUCAAUUACUUCACAUUAGACAACAGAUUUUAAAAGAAAAUGUUAAUAAUCUGAAUUAUGUUAUUGAAAACGACGUUUUGUACAAAAUCAUACAACUGCCACAUGCAUAUACUAAAACUAAAGUAAUAUAUAUUCCAUUAACAAUGCAAGAGGAAGUGAUUCGAUGUUAUCACGAUCAUCCUACAGCUGCUCAUUUUGGUGUUAAUCGAACUUGGCUCAAAAUGCGAACAACAUGCUAUUGGCCCGGUAUGAAAAAAAAGAUUCAAGAUUAUAUUAAGUCCUGUGAAAAAUGUGCCAAAUUUAAUGUUCGUCGAAUACUACCUCCAGGUCAUCUACAUCCGAUUGAAUAUCCACAAGGUCCUUUAGAAUUAAUCUCUAUGGAUUUUUGGGGUCCAACUCCACAAUAUUCAGCUAAUGGCAACAAGUAUAUUCUUGUUAUUACAGAUUAUUAUACUAAGUAUGUUGUAGCAUUUCCACUUCCUAAUAAUACAGCAACAACAACAGCAAAAUUUUUUGUGGAACAAUUUAUAUUUAAAUUUGGUAUUCCUCGACGACUUAUUACUGAUCAAGGAGUUCAUUUCAACAAUGAAUUAAUGAAAAAUUUAACAGCAUUGUUAGGAACUCAUCAUAUACAAACCAGUACAUAUCAUCCUCAAUCAAACGGGCUAGUACAGAGAUUUAAUGGAACUUUUCACCCUCAAUUGUCCAAAUUAUAUAAUGCAGAAUUAAACAACUGGGAUGAUUGCCUGGCUCCUGUAAUUUAUGCUUAUAAUACAGGAGUACACAGUACGACCGGAUAUAGUCCGUUUCAAUUAAUGUUUGGAAGAUAUCCUGUAUUGCCUCUUGAUCAGACACCAAGUAUAUUUAAAUUCAAUCGGCCAAAUGACUAUUGGAUGAUAUUAAUCAAAUAUAUGAAUAUUUAUCGUCAAGCUGCUCGUCAACACACACUGUUUCAUCAACAACAAUCGAAACAACGUUUUGACCACAAUCGUCGAGAUCCUCAAUAUGAAAUAAAUGAUUUGGUGUUUUGGAAAGUACCAGGUCAUCGUGGAAAAUUAGAAGAACGAUUUUCUGGUCCUUAUACUAUCAUCAGUAAACAGCAUCCAUCAUAUACAAUUCGAGAUAAUCAUUCUUUGGUAUCCAAACGUGUUCAUGUUAGUGCUUUAAAACUUGUCUACGCACGUCAUACUUAA